AUGUCUCAAGCUAAUGAAACGAAGUAUGGAAAGAUUAGUCCCCACACUCAUCACCAUCUGCCAGCAACAACUGACUCUCCAUCAAGUAAAAGCAACACAAAAAAAAGAGAAGUUGUCAACCAUGACUGCAUGGACCCGAUGUUGAAGUUGGACAAGUUGAUUGAAUCUCAUCAGAGAUGUGUGCAAGAUGAUCUGCGUAGGAAGUUAAUGACUCUCAAUGAUGUCUUCUAUAUGGAAACAGAGAAGCAGUUGACGAAAGAGCAGAAGCAAGAGGAUGAUGAUGAUGAAGGUGGAGAUGGUGGAAGGGUGGCUGGCAGGAUUGAUGAGUUGAUUGAUGAAGUUAGAUGCCUGUCCAAAAAUCUGGAUUCAUUGAGAGGAAGUUGCCAGUCGAGAAAAGAUGAGAUGAGCAGAAUAAUCGAAGAGCAGCUUCUCCUGGACCCGAACAAAAAUGUCGCCCUUGUCAUCAUGCCUAAAUUAAUUUCAGUGAGGAAGCAACACUAUGAGGAUCUGAAAGUCGUCUGCAACAACAUCCACCAACACGAAACAAGACUAGCAAAAGUGAAAAUGAAAGUGAAAGUCUUGGAAGAAACUCUCAACAGCAGCAGCAACAUCAAUCACAACAUCUCUGACGUCAAAAACAACCACAACUGCAACACCACACAUGACAACAAACGAUGCUCUGCCUACACCGUCAGCUGCAUCAGCGUCAUCAUUGUCAUCACUGACACCAUCAUCAUCGUCAACAUCAACCACGUUCUCAACAUUCAGAGCAGGCACGAGAUUCAUGUAACACUUAUACUUUCGUACCAUUAG